AUGAAGUAUACACUAACAGUAUUUAUAUGGUUUGCAAGUAUAGUCUUGGCAAAUCUUGCUAAAUUUGACGAUGGAAGGUAUUCGCAGAUUUGUGCGGGAGUGUAUUCUAAACAUGACUGGGGUGGAUCACUUAAACCUCACAUUGGAUUAACGUUGAAUGAAUUCAACAAAAACAAGUACGAUCCAAAACGUAAAGACAAGAAGCCAGAUGGUGAUGUAACUGUUAGUUAUAUUAUCUUUGAAUAUAAGGAUUUACCAAAUAUUGGGGCUGAUCUCGGUAAUGGUAAUUACCAAUAUAUUUGUACCGAUGCCGCAGUUCAGCAAAAGAUUUGUGACGAAAGUCAAAAGGGAAAGUUUAUUGUAAAUGCCAAGACAGCAAACAGUACAAUUUUAGCAUCUCAGUUGAAAGGUUUGGGUCCAGCAAACAUCAACUAUCCAAUUAAUAGAACCGGUUACUAUUGUGUGUCAACUUUCUCUCCCGAUAAAAAUGCAAAAUAUAAGGGGGUUAUAAAUUUCCAAAAUGCUUAUGGUCAAUUAAGUGCCAGUGAAAUCCCCAAAUUAACUGGUUACGGUAUUUUAACCUUGUGUUAUGCAAUUGCCUUGGCAUUAUUUGGUUUCCAAUUCUUUAAGAAACGGAAAGAGAAUCAGAUCUUGCCUUUGCAAAGGUACUUGUUAGAAAUGUUGGGUUUUUUAACUUUUGAUACAAUGGUUGUUUGGUCUUAUUAUGAUUUAGUCAACCGUAUUCAAAGCCCAAGUUCUGCAUUUGCAAGAUUCUACAUGUUUUUCCUUGCUUUGCUUAAUUCGAUCAAAAUCACAUUUUCAUUCUUUUUGUUGUUGUGUAUUGCCCUUGGUUAUGGUGUUGUUGUAUUAAAAUUGGAUAAAAAGACAAUGUUAAAAUGUAAGAUUUUAGCUGGUUGCAACUUUGUCGCAUCUUUUGUCUAUUUGGUUUUCAGUUACUAUGAUGGAUCAUCGGCCUCACUUGUUGCUUCAGAGAACAUUGAUAAUGUUGAUAGUGGGAACAUGUUGGGAUUAUUACCAUUGAUUCCAAUUUCUAUCACAUUGUGUGUUUACUAUGUGACUAUUUUAACUUCCAUUAGAACAACAACGCAAAAUUUGCACCAACAGAGACAAAUUAUCAAGUUGAAGUUAUACCAAAACUUAUUCAGAAUUAUUUUCGGAUCAGUUAUAUUAACAUUUGCCGGAUUGACAUUGUCAUCCUUUGUUUAUUUGAGUAUGUCCACUACGGAAAUGUUUGAACAACAUUGGAAGGGCUCUUUCUUCAUUUUCGAUUUCUGGCCUAGUGUUGUAUUUUUCUUGGUUUUCAUGGCUAUUGCUUACUUAUGGAGACCUACAGAAACAAGUUACAUGUUGGCAAUUUCUCAACAAUUAUCGACUGGUGAAGAUAUUAAUGAUGAUGAGGAGGGCCAACCAAACUAUAAUCAAGGACAUGAGUUUGAAUUGGAUGACUUAUCAUUGAUGAGCCAUAGCGAUGAUGAAGGAGAUGCUAGAAGAAACGUAGAAAGAGAUAGUUUUGAAUUAUCAGGUGAACAACAUCCAGUUCCUCCUCAACCAUCGCAUGUGAAAGAUUUCGAGGCUUCUCCACCAUCAUAUGAAAAAGUAAGUAGUGAGAUCAGUAAUCCUUUUGCCGAUGACGCCCAAGAAGAAGGUGGUAGUACCUUGUUUGAAUUAGGCGAUGAAGACGAAAAUGAAAGUGAUCAUGAAGGGGAUAGAAGAUUGGUAAAAGAUGACAGGCAUAAAGAGUAA